GAAUUUGAAGCGAUUAAGUCCGUAAUAAGCCGCAGGAAGUUGGCGAGGAACGCUAGUCACCUUCGGUCUGUGGAGCUGGUCGUCAGCAUGUCCUUUCCUAAGGCGCCCCUGAAACGAUUCAAUGACCCUUCCGGUUGUGCGCCAUCUCCAGGUGCUUAUGAUGUUAAAACUUCAGAAGUAUUGAAAGGACCAGUAUCCUUUCAGAAAUCACAAAGAUUUAAAAAACCAAAAGAAUCUCAACAAAAUCUUAAUGUUGACAAAGAUACUACCUUGCCUACUUCAGCAAGAAAAGUUAAGACUUUGGGAUUAAAGAAAGAAUCUCAAAAGAAUGAUAAAGAUUUGAAGAUAUUGGAAAAAGAGAUUCGUGUUCUUGUUCAGGAACGUGGUGUUCAGGACAAGCGGAUCCAGGAUCUGGAAGCUGAAUUGGAGAAGAUGGAAGCAAAGCUGAAUGCUGCAGUCCGGGAAAAAAUCUCUCUCUCUGCAAGUAAUGCUUCACUGGAAAAACAGCUUAUUGAAUUAACCAAGACUAAUGAGCUACUAAAAUCUAAGUUUUCUGAAGAUGGUAACCAGAAGAAUAUGAGAAUUCUAAGCCUCGAGUUGAUGAAACUUAAAAACAGAAAAGAAACAAAGACGAAGAGUAUGAUGGCUCAACAAGAAGGUAUGGAGGUGAAGCUGCAGGUCACCCAGAAGAAUCUCCAAGAGUCUCAGGGGAAAACAGCACACCUUGAGGGGAAACUUAUUUCAAUAGAGAAAGAAAAGAUUGAUGAAAAAUCUGAAACAGAAAAACUCUUGGAAUACAUUGAAGAAAUUAGUUGUGCAUCAGAUCAAGUAGAAAAAUACAAGAUAGAUAUUGCCCAGUUAGAAGAAAAUUUGAAAGAGAAGAAUAAUGAAGUUUUAAGCCUUAAGCAAUCUCUUGAGGAAAAUGUUGUUAUGUUGUCUAAACAAGUAGAAGACCUGAAUGCUAAAUGUCAGCUGCUUGAAAAAGAAAAAGAAGACCUCAUCAACAGGCAUAGAGAUUGGGAAGAAAAUCUAAAUUCUGAAAUGAAAAACUUAAAAGAGAAGUUUAUUCUUGAAAAACAAGAACAUGAAAAGCUACAACAAAAAGAGUUGCAAAUUGAUUCACUUCUACAACAAGAGAAGGAAUUAUCUUCUAGUCUUCAGCAGAAGCUGUGUUCUUUUCAAGAGGAAAUGAUUAAAGAGAGGAGUCUCUUUGAGGAUGAAUUAAGGCAAGUGCUGGAUGAGCUAGAUACAUUACAGCACAAGGAAGAACAAGCUGAAAGGCUGGUGGAGCGAUUGGAAGAGGAAGCAAAAUCCAGAGCUGAAGAACUAAAACUUCUAGAAGAAAAGCUGACAGGGAAAGAAGCUGAACUGGAGGAAAAGAACGCUGCUCACACUCAGGCCACCCUGCUUUUGCAGGAGAAAUAUGAUAGUGCGGUGCAAAACCUCAGCCAUGUUACUGCUCAGUUUGAAAGCUAUAAAGCAUUAACAGUUAGUGAGAUAGAAGAUCUUAAGCUGGAGAACUCAUCACUUCAGGAAAAAGUGGCCAACGCUGAGAAAAGUACAGAGGAUGUUCAACAUCAGAUAUUGGCAACUGAGAGCGCAAAUCAAGAAUAUGCAAGGAUGCUUCUAGAUCUGCAGACCAAAUCAGCACUUAAAGAAGCAGAAAUUAAAGAAAUCACAGCUUCUUCUCUUAAAAAAAUAACUGAUUUGCAGAACCAACUCAAGCAACAAGAUGAAGACUUUAAGAAACAACUGGCAGAGGAAGAAGCGAGAAAAUGUGGAAAAGAAAACACAAUGGCAGAAUUAACUGAGGAAAUGAAUAAGUGGCGUCUCCUUUAUGAAGAGCUAUAUGAUAAAACAAAACCUUUUCAGCUACAACUGGAUGCCUUUGAAGCAGAGAAACAGGCUUUGUUGAAUGAACACGGUGCAGCUCAGGAACAGCUAAAUAAACUGAGAGAUUCGUAUGCUAAAUUAUUGGGUCAUCAGAACCUAAAGCAAAAAAUCAAGCAUGUUGUGAAAUUGAAAGAUGAAAAUAGCCAACUCAAAUCGGAGGUAUCAAAACUCCGCUGUCAGCUUGCUAAAAGAAAACAAAAUGAGACAAAACUGCAGGAGGAAUUGAAUAAAGUUCUGGGUGUCAAACACUUUGAUCCUUCAAAGGCUUUUGUUCAUGAAAGUAAAGAAAAUUUUGCUCUCAAAACCCCAUUAAAAGAAGGCAAUACAAACUGCUACUGAGCUCCUAUGGAGUUUCAAGAAUCAUGCAAGUGAACAUCUAAGAAACCUGUUGAAGAUUAUUUCAUUCUUAUUAUUUUUAUUUUUGUUGCCAUUAUUAUUAUUAUGUUUGUAGUAAAUAUUUUUUAAUGUUGUAUUUCAUAUUACUUCCUAUCCUUAGGUAUGUGAAAGGAAGUUCAACAUUUUUUACCAAUACAUUUUCUGACAUUUUAUUUUCUAUUGCCAGUACCUCCUCCAUGAUGCUCACAUUUAUCCCCUCAUUCUAAACCUUCUAACUGGCUUUCCAGCUUUACAACUCAUCCCAUCAAAUCAACAUUCCUUUAAAAAUCACUUCCAUAUUAUUAUUCUCCUAUUCUGAAACCUUAGAUGUUUUCAAGAUUCUCAUCCUCAGGUUUUUUAGUUUGAUGCUGGAGGCUUUUUCCAAUCUGAACCUCUUAAGCUAGGCUAAAACAUCUUGGCUUGUUCUUGCCUCUACUUUGAUUCACCUAGUGAUGUUCAUUCUGUCCUACCCAUCAUCCAUUUAUCCAGUUCAAAUAAGAAAUAAGGGUGUGUUUAACUCCAUAGUAAUCUGUCUAUCUCUUAUCAGAGUCACUGAGUUGCUCAAUAAUUUGUAGAUUCCUAGACUCCAUCCCAGUCCUACUAAAUUGAAAUCUGGAAUGUGGCCUGAAAAUCUACAUUUUUAAUAAACUCUGCAGUUAAUUCUUAGAUGCACUAAGAUACACUAAAAAUCUGAGAAACUGCUCGUAAACUCUUUAGAGAAUUUCUUAUACUGCUUAGCAUCUGCCUGACUACUGUGAUUAAAAUUUGUGUAAUAUGAAAUAAAAUCACAUAUUAAGUCAAUUACCCAAUUAUUCAACUUGUAUUAUAUGAAUAAUGCUUCUAUUUAAAGUAUAUUUAUUGUCUAUGCCCUCCCUCCCCACCUUGUCCCCAGAAUCACAAAUAGUAGAAAGUGGUAAUGCUUCAUCUAAAAUAUCUGAUUUACACAGUUGGUAUGUUAUUAUAAGCCACUUUUUGUAAUGGUUCCCCAUUGAUGGACCAACAGAGACUAUUAACAAUUAGAAUAGCUUUUCAUAACAAAUUAUUUUAUUAGAUCUUAAUGCAUGGUUUAAUUUUUGAAUGUCAUUAUUUGGAUUAAAUUCAGAAGAAAUAUAGAAAUUAGAAAAAUUGUCUAAUAAAAUCAAAUAGUUCAAGACCUCUGCUUUUAGCCAAGAUGGAGUAACAGGGAUCGGAUACAUUGCUCCCUUCCCUACCCUCCACAAGCGCACACCCCCAUACCCCUAAAACUAUCAAAAGACUAGGCAAAGUAUACAAAAGAAUGAUUUUCAAGAUGCUAGACAUGAGUUAACAAAAGACAACAAUCCCUGAGAGGUGGAAAAAUCAAGGCAAGCCCUAUGAUUGCUUCCUGUGUACAGUCUUGAGAGAAUUUCCAAACUAUGAUGUAAGGAAGGAAAGAGCCCAGGCAGAGCCCAUCCAACUAUCUGAGUUGAAAAGACAGAGCUGAGAUCUGGGGAGACCAAAGUGGCAGGACAGAGUUUGGAGUUUGCAGGAGACAAAUUACACAGAACUUUGGAGAUCUACAAAAGGUCCCUCAAGUAUUCACCUGAAUUAGAAAUCAAUAACAGAAAAAUCUCUGGAAAACCCAUAAAUAGUUGGAAAUUAAAUAUCACACUUCUAAAUAAGCCAUGUGUCAAAGAAAUCAAAAGGGAAAUUAGAAACUAUUUUGAACAGAAUGAAAAUGAAGACACAACAUAUCAAAACAUGUGGACUGCUGCUAAGCAGAUUUAGAGCAAAAUUACCUCACUGAAGGCCUCUAUUUCAAAAGAAGAAAAGCUUCAAAUCAAUAACCUCAGCUUUUACCUUAGAAAUAAAUAAAAGCAAUUAACAUCCAAAGUAAUUAGAGGAAAAGGAAUCAUAAAGCUCAGAGCAGAAAUCAAUAAACUAGAAAACAAAACCAAUAAAGAAAAAUCAAUGAGAAAUAGUUGAUUCAUUGAGAAGAUCGAUAUAAUUGGUAAACCUCUAGCUAGACUGAUCACGAAAAUAAAAAUGCAUAAACUACCAAUAUUAGGAAUAAGGUGCAUUAUUUUGUGAGUGGAGAAAAUAUCCACUAUCGAUUAUGAAAAUGAUUUUGUGGGUGUGUAUAUAAAUAUAGAUAUGGUUGUAUAUAUAUGUGAGUGUCAAACAUCAAAUUGUACACUUUCAAUAUGUGCAGUUUAUUAUAUGUUGGUUAUACCUCAAUAAAGCUCUUAAAACAAUCAAACAGUUCAUUCUCAAACUAAA